AUGCGCUCACCGCGAGCACACCUUCUUUUAUUCGUGCUCUCAUGCGCUCUGCGAGCGAACUCCGCGUUCAAUAUUCUUGUAUACUCGCCGAGAAUGAUGCAGAGUCACGUGAACUUCAUCGCCGAAAUUGCGAACGUUCUGGCGAAACAUGGGCAUUUUGUGACGGUUAUUGAUAGUGUACUUCGCGACAAUAUUGGAAAUGCUCUUUCCAAAGAUGUUCAGAAUGUUGUGACAGUCUCCACCUCUCGAGAGGUCACCAAUAUCCUCGAUUCCAAUGACUCCCUUCCCGAAUUCCUUUGGCGAUCGCGAUUGUCGCCUGAUGAUCAGCGUGUGUUAAUGGAAAAGCUAGGCAUUAUCCAUCGCGAGCAAUGCGUUCAUCUUCUCAAAAAUACGAAUACAAUUCAGCAAUUGAAGAAGCACACAUUUGAUUUUGCAAUUCAUGAAGUUUUUGAUGUAUGCGGUCUAGGCAUUUUCGAAGCUCUUGGAAUUAAAAAAUCAAUUAUUGCUUCAUCUACGGUUAUCAUUGACAUCGUGUCACUGGUUUUAGGAAUCACACAUCCCAUUAAUCACAUUUCUCUGUUAUCCGAUUACGGAAGUGAAAUUGGAAUAUUAAAUGUUCGUCGAAGUUUGCAAUUCACCGAAGCCAUGACGAACUUCUAUUAUGUGCAGAAGGACGUGGAGACAAUGAGAAGGACUAAUCUCCUUUAUACAAAUAGUAAUCCGUUCUCGGAUGCGAAACGUCCCUGGUCUCGACACACAUUUGAGAUCGGCGGCAUCGCGUUCAGACAGCCGUCGGUUGUACCUCAGGAGUACAUCGAUUUGAUUUAUAAUCGAAAAACGGUGGUGUUGGUCUCGUUCGGAACCGCGGCGCCCUCGUUCAAAAUGCCGAACAAUAUCAAAACAUCGCUGAUUAAAGCGAUGAAACUCAUGCCGGACGUUCUAUUCAUUUGGAAGUACGAGGAUGACGAUGAAAUAACGCAAAUGGAUAUUAAGAACGUCGUGUUUAAACCAUUCAUUCCUCAAAUCGACCUUCUUGAAACUGGAAUGAUUUCUCUUUUUAUCACCCAUGGCGGCCAAAAUAGUUUAUUGGAAUCGUUUAAAACUGCUACUAAGACCCUCGUGGUUUCCUUAUUUGGAGAUCAGCAUAGAAAUAGCCACGCUGCGCUUGAAGCUGGCCUCAUCGAUGUGCUUCCCAAAAAAGACCUGGCGAAUCCCAAGAAGGUUUUGGCUGCCAUUCGAAAAUGCCUUUUUGACAAUGAAAAAGACGACAUGAAAUUGAGGCGAAUCGCGGAAUCGCUUCGAGACGCCAAAAACAAAUCGGAGGAAUUGCUGCUGCACACCAUCGAGAUGACGUAUUCGAUUCGAGACCCACCCGAUUUUUCAAAUUACCCCAAAUAUAUGAGCCCGGCCACUUUAUUAGCCUUAUAUGAUUGUUUUGCAAUCGCUGGAAUUUUAUCAGUUACAGUUUUUGUGAUAUUGAAGUUGAGACAAGAAGCCAACGAGAAUGAGAAGAUGAAAAAGAAUAAUUAA